CAUUUUUAUUUAUUCUUAGACCCGCCCACGAUUCAAAAUGUCACCACGUCAUCUAAGAAGUCUUGGAUUGGUCAGACAGUGACUUUGAAGUGUCUUUCUGAUGGUGUUCCUACACCAACACUCUCUUGGUACAAACCUGAAGGAAGUGAAAUAAACAAUGUCACAGCCAAAGAAAACAAAGUACAAGUGCUACUCAGGGGUGAUCAAGAUUUUGGUCAUUACAAGUGCAUUGCUGCCAAUGGACUUACUCCAUCUGAUGAGAAAUUAAUAAACAUAAAUCAGAUAAGUAAGUAAAAAAGAUCAGUGUAUUUUGAUGAGAGGAAAACUACAUACAAGUUCAGCAUUUUCUUUUGCCUUUUUGCUCAUUAUCACUGUUUCAGUUGUAUUAGAGGAAAAAAAAAUUUUCUUACAAAGUAUUGGACAGAGUAAUUCAUUCACUUUGUACAUCUCAUUCGAUGAUUUAACAUUUAAUACGUGCGGAUAUUUUGCAAGGCCCAUAAGCGUGUUGAAAAAUAUAAGGGUAUGUUAAACCAUCGAAUAAGGGAUUUAUUAUUCUACUAUUCUUUCAUUUUCUAACAAUUUGUCCGCUUAGUUUUCGACAUACAGCCAGCGGCCUUAUCUGAGCGUUCCGUUCACAUUUUUUCCCUCUUUAGCAGCAUUAGACCUUCACAUAUUUUUCGCCCUCGUUUCCCCAAUGAGGUAUAAUAGAAUAUUACUGGAAUUAUGCCGGGUAUAGUUUGCCUGAUCUUUUAGUGGAAAAUGCACCCACAUUUGUAAAAAUGAUUUACUGUAAAUUAACCACACCAUGCCCUUUGGUUACAAAAGAGCGUUGAACUUCAAGCAGAUUGGCGACAUCCUCCCAUGACACUUCCCCAAUCAUGGACUCUGAAUUUUCCUCUUUUUAUUAGGUUCUUGGCUGAAUUUAUCCAGUAGCUACAUGCAUAUUCAUUAAUCCUAAGUAUUUUGAACAAAACUCACUGUUAGGUAAUCACCAAAAAAAAUUUCUCGUUAAAUUUUUUUUCUUUUGCUCGAAAUGAUCUCUUUUAUGGCACUAUGUAGAGAAACCUGGGAAAGCAUCCAUCAAAUCAUCAGAAUCAGUCAUUCAAGCAACUUUUAUAACAAUACGAUGGACUGCACCAGCUGAUGAUGGAGGAAGUCGGAUUACAGGAUACCGAAUGAUCUUACAAAAGGGUGAAACUGAGAUAAAAGAGGAUGAAAUCACUGAUCCUGGGACGACAUCUUAUUUGUUUCGUGGUUUGGAGAAAAAUACCAACUACACAGUGAAACUGUUUACCAGAAAUUUCGUAUUCGAGGGAGAUCCUACUGUAUGGAACAUUAAGACCAAGUUUGAAGGUGAGGAAUCACAAGUGAUAUCGUGA